UUUCAUACUCCGCUGAACCUUCAAGAGCCUGUACAGUUCAUUCCUGAUCAUGAUGGCUGUGUGAUAAACUUUAUCAUUAAAAGGCUUUUCAUUUUUAUAUUGGGAUCAUGACUAUCUACAAUUUGUACAUUUUUGAUCGAAAUGGUACCUGUUUACAUUACGAAGAAUGGAAUCGAACCAAACUGUCAGAAAUGUCGAGAGAACAGGAGUUUAAACUAAUGUAUGGUAUGCUGUAUUCCAUCAAGUCUUUUGUUGCUCGUAUUUCUCCCUUUGAUUCAAAAGACAGCUUUCUUAGUUAUACAACAAGUAAAUACAAACUUCAUUUUUAUGAGACACCAACAGGAUUGAAGUUGAUCAUGAAUACUGAUGUGAACACCCAUAAUGCUAGAGAAACACUUUAUGAAAUCUAUAGCAAGAUUUAUGUUGAAUAUGUGGUCAAGAACCCCUUGUGCAAGCUGGAUGAACCAAUAGAAAGUGAGCUAUUUAAAACAAAACUGGAUGGAUUCAUCAAGGGAUUACCUGCAUAUAACUGAACAUCAAGUAUUACUCUUUCAGAAGUAUACUUAUACUCUGGCAUUCAUCUCUAUCAACUAUCUUAGAUAAUUAUAGGACAUUCUAAAUGAACUGCUUUUUAGCUCUUGUCAGUCCAAACAUAUCAAGUUAUUGUUGAAUUUUGAUUGAUGGAAGCUAAAUCACAAGACAACUGGAAGACUUUUAGUGAGGGUUGAGCUAGAAUGUUGGACACGAUUCUGGUAAAUUUUGAUUACAAUUCUUAGUAGUUGAGGAAUUUGCUUGGAAUUUUCAACUUUGAGGACAGGGCAUGGUAGGGCAGAGGAUCUGCUCGCAGGGUAGGUAGGGCAGGGUAUUAAUCAUUUUCUCAGUUUAAAAUUCCUAUCCAGCUGAGUUGACCUUCAGAACCAACUCAAGGUCAACCAAUCAGAAUUUUGAUUAGCAUUUUCCAUCAUUCCACCAACAAGAAAACCCAUGAAAUACAAAAUUCAAAUUGUUCAUUCUUUAAAUUGAUCGUAAAUGAUAGUCAAAUUCAUCAAGCAGAAUUCCAUUUCAAUUAACAAGAGAAACCACAAGUCAAGAGUGGGUGGGUUACAUUUGAAAUGAGUUGAAUUCUAAUGUCAGUUUCAUAUAUUAAUUUUUUCCCAUUACCAGCAAAUUCAAUUGCUUUUUAGAUGUGCUUCUCAUUGGAAAGUGUAGUUAAAUAAAAAGACAUCCUGACAGCUGUGAGGUGUAUGAACUUUCCAACAGUUGCUUCCUCAGCAUCUCACAAUGUCUUCAUUAAAACAAUAGAAUUCAUGAUGGUGACUGUAUUGAAAAAGUCUAGAGGAUUUGAACCAUCACGUGAUGGCAGCCAUGACAGGAGGUAAAACAAUAGUCUUUUACCAAUAGGAGACUGAAUUCUUACUUGUGUAAAUCAGAUGGCACUGUCAUGGCUGCCAUCACAUGACGGUCAUCACAGCUUGUUUAUGGGCAAGAAUGCUAGUUAAUCUUCUUAGAUUCGUUUGUUAUAUAAUUUUAGUGUACCAUUUAGCCUUUUCUCACUUUUCACCAUCCCAUAAAGCAAAUUUUAUUUUGAUUUCUUUUGUGUUGCUGCCAUUUAUGCCCUUCUGGCAACCAUGAUUCUUAAAGUUAAAACAAUAGAUUGUUUUAAUAAAUUUGAUGUCAUAGUGAAAUUUAUAUGAGAUUUAUAUGGAUAAAAUAAGUAUUCGUAGAUGUUAGAAUGUAGAUUUGGUGCAAAUUAUAGUUAUCAAGUCAACAAGAAACCAAUUUUUGGCACUACCAGGAUACUUUAUUACUUUAGUUGUUUCCAAAGCAUGUAUAGUCAUAUAAGACAAUAAAAUAUAUAUAGAGCUCUAGUUAAUUUUUUUCUCUAAAUUUGUAUGAAUGUUGUUGGAGACACACAUGUUGUUGGUCACACAGUUCUAACCAAAUGGUUGAUUCGGGAACUUUGCCUAGCUAAUGAGUCUUUUGUUUUUUUUAUGGAAAAUGGAUAUUAUUAUGAGUAUUUAGGAUAUAAGCAAGUCUUGUGUGUAAGGUUUUGAAUGCUGUAUGUGUUGACAGGCUAUGUACAGUUGGAUAUUAAACUGGUUAUGUAA